AUGGCGACGGAUAUCACGAAUCAGAUGGCGGCGGCAAACCUGAACGAUGCGCCUGCCGGUGCCGAGUGGAAAUCCGGCUUGAACAUUCCUGCAAAGGACAACAGAGUACAGACGGAGGAUGUCACCGCGACGAAGGGGCUUGAAUUUGAGGAUUUCUACAUUAAGAGGGAGCUGAUGAUGGGCAUAUUCGAGGCCGGAUUUGAGAAGCCCUCGCCCAUUCAGGAAGAGACGAUCCCCGUCGCAUUGACAGGCCGUGACAUCCUCGCGCGCGCCAAGAACGGAACGGGUAAGACUGCUGCCUUCGUCAUCCCCACACUUGAGCGCAUCAACCCCAAGAGCAACAAGACGCAAGCUCUUAUCCUCGUACCAACCCGUGAGCUUGCGCUGCAAACCUCCCAAGUCUGCAAGACCCUCGGCAAGCAUUUGGGCAUCAAUGUCAUGGUCACCACUGGAGGUACGGGUCUGAAGGAUGACAUCAUUCGUCUCUCGGAGCCCGUGCACAUCAUCGUCGGUACCCCUGGUAGGAUAUUGGAUCUUGCCAGCAAGGGUGUCGCGGACCUCUCGUCUUGCCCGACCUUUGUCAUGGACGAGGCCGACAAGCUUCUCUCCCCCGAGUUCACUCCCGUUAUCGAGCAGCUGCUGGCCUUCCAUCCGAAGGACCGUCAGGUCAUGCUCUUCAGUGCCACGUUCCCCAUUAUUGUAAAGAGCUUCAAAGACAAGCACAUGAGCCAGCCGUACGAAAUCAACCUUAUGGACGAGCUCACUCUCCGUGGUAUCACCCAGUAUUACGCCUUCGUUGAAGAGAAGCAGAAGGUCCACUGCUUGAACACCCUCUUCAACAAACUCCAGAUCAACCAGUCCAUCAUCUUCUGUAACUCGACCAACCGUGUCGAGCUGCUUGCCAAGAAGAUCACUGAGCUCGGUUACUCUUGUUUCUACUCUCACGCCAAGAUGUUGCAGCACAACCGUAACCGUGUUUUCCAUGAUUUCAGGAACGGUGUUUGCCGCAACCUGGUUUGCUCCGACUUGCUCACUCGUGGUAUUGAUAUCCAGGCCGUCAAUGUUGUCAUCAACUUCGAUUUCCCCAAGAACGCCGAGACUUAUCUGCACCGUAUCGGUCGUUCCGGCCGUUUUGGACACUUGGGUCUGGCCAUCAACCUCAUCAACUGGGACGACCGCUUCAACCUCUACAAGAUCGAGCAGGAACUCGGUACCGAGAUUCAGCCUAUUCCCCCGACCAUUGAGAAGAAGCUCUAUGUCUAUGAGACGCCCGAGACUAUCCCUCGUCCUAUCUCGAACGCCCCUGCAAACAGGCCUCCGCCCCAGGCUCAACACCAGGGUCAGUUCCAACCUCAGCCCCAGGGCCAGCUUCAGGAGCAAGACGGCAAUGCGCCUCGUAACCAAGGUCAAAACCGUCAACACUACCCCAGAAACCAGCGCGGUGGUGGCCAGUUCUCGGGCCGUGGCCGUGGCUCUGCUCAGGGUCAGCGCCAGCAGAAUGGCUUCAACGGACCACGCAACCCAAGGCCUGCUGGCCCCGCUGGCCAGGCAUAA